AUGAGGAAGCCGCCCCGCCGGCUCUUGGCCCUGGGUUCCUGCCUCCUCUUCUGCUCCCUUCUCUGGCUUCCCAGCUGGCAUGUUUUUUGUAAAGAGAACCCUUCAUCUACAUUGCAGUACUCUCCAGAUAACUAUGCCCUGGCAAAUGAGGAUGAGAACAUCCAGGAAAAGGAGGAAACAGGCAGACCCAUUGGAACAGAGUCUUUAGAACAUGUGGACUCAAAUAUACACAGUUAUCCUGGAGAAACUGAUUUACUUGAUGACUGCACAAAAGAUGACCAGACUACAGAAAUGGGUGAAUUAAGUCUGCCUCAGGUUGAGACACUACCUUCAGUAGACUUAAAUGAAGCUUCUUCUAGCAUAACUGCAAGCAUUGAAAACAUUUCCAGUUCAUCUACCUCAGAGAUCUCUCCAGUCUCGCAGCCUGAUGCAAUAGAAAAUUCCCGUGCUGAUAUCCCUGUAGUCAGCUCUAGUGAAGCUGAGCAGUCAGAACCUGACUGUGAUAUUGGUGGGGCACUUGAGGCUGACCCUCAGAGUGAGCCUUCCUCUUUUGUCAGUCCACCAGAGAGCCUUGUGGGUCAGCAUAUAGAGAACAUCUCUUCUUCACAUGGCAAGGGAAAGAUGACUAAAUCUGACUUUGAGUCAAAGGUUGCAGCAACUGAAAAUGGGCCAGAGAAGGCGAAAUCUGCUUUGAAUGCUUCAGAUAACUUGAAAAGGGAGAAGGACUAUAAAAAAGCAGGAGAAAUUGACCCUACAUCAGUAAUAACCCCAAAGGACCCAGGAGACAUUCCAACAUUUGAUGAGUGGAAGAAGAAGGUUAUGGAAGUAGAAAAAGAAAAAAGUCAAUCGAUGCACCCAUCCUCUAAUGGAGGACAGCAUGCCACAAAAAAGGUUCAGAAAAACAGAAAUAACUAUGCCUCGGUAGAGUGUGGUGCCAAAAUACUGGCUGCUAAUCCAGAAGCAAAGAGCACAUCAGCAAUUCUGAUAGAAAACAUGGACCUCUAUAUGCUAAAUCCAUGCAGUACUAAAAUCUGGUUUGUUAUUGAGCUCUGUGAACCAAUUCAAGUAAAGCAGCUUGACAUUGCAAAUCAUGAAUUAUUUUCAUCUACUCCUAAAGACUUCCUGGUGUCCAUUAGCGACAGGUACCCAACAAAUAAAUGGAUUAAAUUAGGUACUUUUCAUGCUAGAGAUGAGAGAAUUGUCCAAAGCUUUCCUUUGGAUGAACAGAUGUAUGCAAAAUACGUUAAGAUGUUCAUCAAGUACAUAAAGGUGGAGUUGGUAUCACAUUUUGGAUCAGAACACUUUUGUCCUCUAAGCCUUAUAAGGGUGUUUGGCACUAGUAUGGUUGAAGAAUAUGAAGAAAUUGCUGACUCCCAAUACCAAUCAGAACGACAAGAGCUGUUUGAUGAAGACUAUGAUUAUCCAUUGGAUUACAAUACAGGGGAAGAAAAAUCUUCAAAAAAUCUCCUUGGCUCUGCUACUAAUGCCAUUCUAAAUAUGGUGAAUAUUGCUGCUAAUAUACUUGGAGCAAAAACCGAAGAGAUUUCUGAAGCUGAAGGAAAUAACAGUAUGUCUGAAAAUACCACUGUUGCUGCUGCCACUGCCACUUCAACAGAUGCACCAAAACUGCCUGAACCAACCCUUCUUCCUUCACCAGAGCUUGUAACUACAGAGAUACCACAAGUAGAUAAGGAACAAUUAAUCAAGGAACAAUUAGUCCUGGAAUUAACAAAGGAGAGCCCCAUUGUUCAGCUAGUUCAAGAGUAUGAAGAGGAGGCAAGUCAGUCAACGGUGACCCUGCUGCCUAGUGAUGAACAAGAGGAAGAAACAUCAACAUGGUUUGAAUCUGAGACAGAAAUCUAUUGCUGUGAGCUGGUGACAGUUUGUUGUAUUUCUAGCUUUUCAGAAUAUCUCUAUAAGUGGUGUUCAGCUGCAGAAGCUGUUCAUCGGCAACGUAGCAAAACUUCUGAGAGCAAGCCAGGGGAUUACUCUGUUACCAUUCAGCAUUCACAGCCAGUUCCAACAGAAUCUUUACAUGUUUCAAUAGACGAGCCUCUGCCUGAGAAACUAGACAGUGAAAUUACAGGGAGAGUACCUGGAUCUACUAUUGCAAGUGACUUAAGCAGUGUACUCCAUGAGGAUAUCACUAACCAGACUAUAGAUUCUAUUGAAUUGGAACCCAGUCAUCCUCAGACUGUCUCUCAAUCUCUCCCCUUAGAAGUGACUUCUGAAAUUAAGCCAUUAUCUACAAUGGAGGUCUCCUUGGAGCCUACAAAACAUGAGGCAGCACAGUUAACUUCCCACAUAAUUUCCCAAGAGGAUAGUGUUGAGAUACAUACUGAAGCAGAAAAGAGAGCUGAGAGUUCUGUUUCUGAGAAACAUGCUGUGGUCUCUGAAACAAACAUUGUCAGUGAAUUCAAGGAGAUCAGCACAAGAGAGACAGAUUCUGUCCAAAUCCUCUCAAAACCUACAGAGACUGUACCACAGCCUGAAUACACAAUGGCUACAGUAGGCAAUGAUGUUGGGGAAGCAAAAGUGAGUGCUUCAGAAAUGCAGAAGCAAGUACUGUCUCCUGUGGUAGAAUCUUCUGCAUCAACAGAAAUAAAAUAUGAUGAGCAAACAACUGAAGAAGCUUUUCUAGCUAUUCCUGUUUCUGGUGGACAGCAGAGAAUGGCUACAGACUUCUAUGCUGAAUUGCAGAAUUCCACAGAUCUAGGUUAUACUAAUGGAAAUCUUGUUCAUGGGUCUAAUCAAAAGGAGUCUGUAUUUAUGAGACUUAAUAAUCGUAUUAAAGCCCUGGAAGUAAACAUGUCUCUCAGCAGCCGCUAUUUAGAAGAACUUAGUCAAAGGUACCGAAAGCAAAUGGAAGAAAUGCAGAAGGCUUUCAAUAAGACUAUAGUAAAGCUUCAGAACACUUCAAGAAUAGCAGAAGAGCAGGAUCAGCGGCAAACAGAAGCCAUCCAACUGCUACAAGCACAGCUGACCAACAUGACACAGCUAGUUUCCAAUUUGUCAACAACUGUGGCUGAACUAAAACAUGAGGUGUCUGACCGACAAAGCUAUCUUGUGAUUUCUUUGGUUCUCAGUGUCAUCCUGGGUUUGAUGCUUUGUAUGCAGCGUUGCAGAAAUACAUCUCAGUUCAAUGAAGAUUACCUCUCAAAAAUCCCCAAAAGUAAUCACUACCCAAGCCCCAAAAGAUGUUUUUCCUCCUAUGAUGAUAUGAAUCUGAAAAGAAGAACUUCUUUUCCACUUGUCAGGUCCCAAUCUUUUCAACUAACUAGCAAAGAAGUGGAUCCAGAUGACUUCUACAUUGUAGAACCUCUGAAGUUUUCACCAGAAAAAAAGAAGAAACGUUGCAAAUAUAAAAGUGAAAAGAUUGAGACUAUCAAACCAGCAUCAGAGCCUCUGCAUCCAUUAGCCAAUGGGGAAAUAAAAGGAAGGAAACCCUUUACGAACCAGAGAGAUUUCUCUAAUAUUGGAGAGGUAUAUCACUCCUCAUAUAAGGGUCCUCCAUCUGAAGGAAGCUCAGAAACCUCAUCACAAUCUGAGGAAUCCUAUUUUUGUGGCAUUUCAGCAUGCACAACUCUGUGCAAUGGACAGACCCAAAAGACAAAAACUGAGAAGAGGGCUUUAAAACGAAGGCGGUCUAAGGUUCCAGACCAAGGGAAGUUCAUAAAAACUCUAAUACAGACUAAGACAGGAUCAAUGCCAAGCCUGCAUGACAUAAUCAAAGGAAACAAGGAUAUAACAGUAGGAACACUUGGUGUCACAGCAGUUUCUGGACAAAUCUAA